AUGAUUUUCACUGUCGUACUCGGACUAACAUUGCAUUAUCUUAUCCUUGCCUCACACUCUGUAGUGCCCAAUCCGACGACUACAAGAACCACAACAAUAACAACAACGGCAACAACCACGACAACAACAACCACAGCGCCGACAACAACCAUGACGCCGACAACAACAACGUCAACAACCACGACAACAACAACGACGGCAACAACCACGACAACAACGACGACGACAACAACAACGACGGCAACAACCACGACAACAACAACGUCAACAACCACGACAACAACAACGUCAACAACCACGAUAACAACAACGUCAACAACCACGACAACAACAACGUCAACAACCACGACAACAACAACGAAAACAACAAGGAGAACAACCACGACAACAACAACGACGGCAACAACCACGAGAACAACCACGACAACGACCAUAACUACAACUACUACUGGAAGUACCACCAGAAAAGCAAAGUCGUCGGGUGAGUAUUCUGUUAUGAUCUAUUAG